AGCGGAGGUAUCACAUGGCCAGGGUCGGGGACGGGCAAAUCUGACUCACUUUCUCUCCCUCCGCAUCUCGGGAGCUCGAGAGCCUCACGCCAACUCAACCGUCAGUGACGUCUGCGUCACGUGUGCGUCUCUUCCCUCGGUACGUCCGUCGUAUUUUCCUCCCCUCCGCUGUCUGCCUCUCAACGCCGAGACAGAGCAGAGCCGAGCCGAGCCGAGCCGAGCCAGGCGAAAUAAACCAGAACCUCGACGGAGCGGUCGCCCGUCCGAACCGGCCCAACGCCCGGCGUCACGUUCGUCUGCAGCCGAUGGACGGAGGGGUCUUACACCUAUAAGUUGGCAUCAGUUGAAGUCCGUUAGUGGCGCCCGUUUCAAUGUAAACUUUUUAUUUUUCACCCUCGGCGGCGCGCAUCGACUUCCGACAAAGCGAGGAUUUUACUAAAACCUGCACAAAUCAGUCGGGGACCUAUGGACAAGGCCCUCCAUUCUCCUCCUCUCAUGUCGGGUCAACAGUGAAGGAGGAAUCCAUCUUCUCUCUCCCACCCCUCAGCCACUGGACCACCCCCCCCCUCUCCCCCCCACCCUGUGAUCACACCAUGGCCAGCAAAAGGAAGUCCACUACGCCCUGUAUGAUCCCGAGUAAGGUCAUCCGCUCGGUAGAGGAAGCUGAGCGGGACUCUCCGGUUCCCCUGCGUCACCCCAGGGUCUCUGGAGGCGACCGGCGAAGCCCCCUGGCGCCCAGCAACUCCAUCAAACCAGAGGCGGGGGACAUAGACAAGGACAGCGGUGGCACUUACACCUGUAAGCCGUGCAAUUUCGAAACCCUCGACCUCAACUUGUUCCUGGAUCACGUCUACACGGGGCACCCGGACUUCCGGGCCGACCCCGGCUUCGUCUGCAUGAGCUGCGGAGUUUCGUCGCCGAAGUUCGAGGGGCUGGCUCUGCACAACGCCAGGGUCCACCCCAGCACUUUGAAUACCACCCUGCAGCUGAGGAAAAGGGACCGCCGGGUGGUGGUGGAGCAGAAUCUGGUGAUCGGGGCGGAGGUGUGCAGGGACAGUGAGAUCUCCAUCACCAAAACCCCAAUCAUGAGGAUGCUGAAGGGCAAAUGCGAAGCCAAACGGAUUGUGGUGUCGCACCCCGUCAACGACGAGGCGCCCUCAGACACGCACUCGCUCUCUAUAUCCAGAGAGUCGGAGAGGAAAGAAUCCGCCGCCGUUACGGUCGCCCACGUCCCCACGAUCGUCCACAACGGGACAAGCAAGACCACCCUGGCCUCCGCCAUCCAGAUAGUCAACGGCUCCGCGGGAUUACCGCUGCUGAAGACGCCCAUCACACAGGUUGUUUCUGUAGCUCAGAACCGAAGUCUUCACCACGCUGCACCAAUCACAGCGUCCACCUCCAUCUCCUCUGCUUCUUCGUCCUCAUCCUCACAAAAUCUCCCCAAGGUAAUGAUCCCUCUGAGCAGCAUCCCCACCUACAGCGCCGCCAUGGACUCCUCUUCCUUCCUGAAGACCUCCUUCAGCAAGUUCCCGUACCCCACGAAGGCCGAGCUCUGCUACCUGACCGUGGUCACCAAGUUCCCCGAGGAGCAGAUCAAGAUUUGGUUCACGGCUCAAAGACUGAAGCAAGGCAUCAGCUGGUCCCCCGAGGAGAUAGAGGAGGCCAGGAGGAAGAUGUUCAACACCAUCAUCCAGACGGCACCGGUCGGCUCGCAGGGCCAAAGCCAGAGUCACCACGGCCCGGCUCCACACACCAUCACGGUGCUGCCCGCCUCCCUGGGGCCCACGGGGAUCCCUCAGUUUCUGCAGGGGUCUCUCGUCAGCCAGGGGGGAGUAAUCGUCACGCAGCCCGUGGUGGCAAACGGCAUCCAGGUCAGCAGCGCUCCCGUGGCCCUGGCCGUCACGCCCAAGCCCCAGGCGGCGGCCCGGCCCAUGAUGCAGGCGCGACCCGCCGCGGCGCCGGCGGCGGACAAAGGCACCGGCGUGGUGGUGGGCACGGCGGGCAGCGGCAGCGGCGGCGGCGCAGGGAGCAACAUCGUUCCCAGCAGCAAGGCCGUGACCAGCAGUGCUGAGGGCGGUGCCAUCAACCUCAGUCUAGGAAACGGUAGUCAUAGCAACACUAAGGUGAGCGGCGUCAACGGCAAACACAGUGGCGCCGAAGCCCCCUCCAGCGACAGGAGCAGCAGUGACGCCAAAAACGCAGACGUUAAACCCAACAGUGCGGUGCAGACUGACAGUAAGACCCCCACAGACAGCAAAACCGUCAUCAGCAGCAGCGACACCCCGCAGAGCAAAGACCCCACCGGAGGCAGCAGCCAGAACAACUCGGCCAGUCCGGCCACAGAGGAGCCAGAUCCUUCCGCCUGCGACUCUCCAGGCAUCAAAACGGAGGAGCCUUCAUCUGGCGCCCCCAAGUCUUCCUCUCCCUCUCCCGCGGUCGCUCCCGGCAGCGGCGCCGGCUCCCGGACGCCCUCCAGCGCCUUCCUGGACCCCAGCUUUUACAAAGGCAAGAAGUCCCAGGAGCAGCUCAGCGUGCUUAAAGACAGCUUCCUGGUGAAGCAGUGGCCCGACCCGGAGGAGGUGGAGCGCCUCAUCGGCCUCACGGGCCUCACGGUGCGCGAGGUCCGCAAGUGGUUCAGCGACCGGCGCUACCACUUCCGCAACUGCAAGAGCUCCCGCUCCGGCACGGGCGGGCAGAGUAAGUCCAGCGCCGCGUCGGGGAGCAGCGCCUCCCCCGUGGACCUGUCGGAGGGUAGCAGCAGCAACUCCGGUGCCAAAACCCCGCAGCACAGCUCCCGCGGCGCCGCCCAGAGCCCACCCCCCACACACACGCCCACAUCGCCCACAAAUCCUUCCAGGAGGCUCUUCAGGUUGCCCUCACCUGAUUUCACCGCCGUCCGCUACAAGGAGAGAGACCCCCACCAGGUUAUAACCCUGGAGGCCAGCUUUGCGCAGAACGCCGACCCGUCAGGAGAGGAAGUGGACCGGCUGCGCUCCGAGACCAAGAUGACUCGGCGGGAGAUCCACGGCUGGUUCGCCGAGAAGAGGAAGAGGGUGGCUGCUGAGAAGAAGAAGGAGGAGGCGGAGCAGGCGCCCAAAGAGGACGAGGAGAUGGAGGUGGACGGGGAGGAGAGGCAGAAGGACGAUGGUUCUGGGGAACCAAAGGUCAACCCCAUCAAAAUAAACCUGAAGAUGCUGAAGGUGACCGAGGCCAGCGGCAAAACGGAGGGGGAGGCGCUGAUCAACGCGGCCCUACAGUCCCAGCCCGCCGGCACGCCCGCCUCCUCGCCGAGCCCCACCUCCUCCACCAAACCGCCCCAAGCCGCCACCCCGGCGCCGAAAACGUCCCACUCCCCCAAACCCACGACGGCCCGGGGCAAGAAGACGGCGGAGCAGCUCCACCUGCUGAAACAGGUCUACGCUCGGACCCAGUGGCCCAGCGCCACCCAGUACGACGAGCUGAUUUCAGGGACCGGGCUGCCCAGGCCCGAAGUAGUGCGCUGGUUCGGCGACUCCCGUUACGUGCAGAAGAACGGACAGCUGAAGUGGCUGGAGGAGUACCAGAACAUGGCGCUGGAGGAGGAGCUGCAGACGGAGAACGCCAAGAUCCUCCAGGACCAUCUGAGAGCCAACGGCAGCCUGGAGGACCCGCAGUUAAAGGAGCUGGCUGAGAAGACUGGUCUGACCAGCGACUUGGUGCGGCACUGGUUCUCCACCAGGGCGGCGACGCCCGACGUCAAGCAAGGCGCCGCCCACCGGACGGGACCGGUCGCCGCAGCAGAGCCGGCGGCGCCGUCAUCAGCAGGAAGCUCCCCACUGGAGCCGCAGCCAGGAGGCGGCACCGAGGAGAAAAUGGAGCAGUCGGUGUGCGGCGUGGCAACGGAGGCGCAGGAGGCCAACGGCGACGGCUCCGCUGCUGAAGGAACUGAGGGAGUCUUUGUGUGAGGAUGAAGGAACGUGGUCUUUGUUCCUGGUCUGAGGACAACUCGGCAGAUGGGUUUUGUAACUGGAUCACCGGUUUGAACCCGAUCUGAUCCACCCUUCCUCUCCCCUCCCCCCCCUCCCUCCUACAAGAGAUGAACACUAAAGCCAACCCUCCCGUUCCUCCUUGAGCCAUUUCACGGAGCUCUCCGCUCCUCGUACACUCCUGGGUGACUGAUCCCGGAUCAGCCCGUUUACUUCCUGUUCGGUGGACAGGACAGAGGCCCGAUCAGGCGUGGGAAUCGGACAAGUUGGGAGGUCGCUCGCCUCAGAGCAGCUUUUUAUCUGCAGACCUGCUCCUAGUUUUCAUCACGUCUUCUGCUCACUCAGACGUCCAAACCUGGCUGCUGUCAGCGCGUCUGUCCUGAACGCGUUUUCUUAGCUUGGACCGGACGGGACUUUGUUCAGGCAGGAGACAUUUGGACUCUGGGACGUCCGAGGGAAUAAAGAGCCGACAUGUUAACGCGGAGGAUGGAUCUUCUGGUAGCAUCAACUGCUUCUCUACGUCUCGUUUGUUUUCUAGAAACUUCUUUAGGAAUAAAUGUAACUAAAAGAUCUGAACUUGUACCAGAGUUCCUCAUUUAUUAUGCUUGAUGUACAAUUUUUACAGAUGCAUUUUGGAGAAUAAACAGAAGGACAAUGA